AUGCACACCGGUGCUCCACCCCCGGAACAUCCUCUUCUCGCCGCAUUAGAGAGUCUGCGCGCUCUAAGAAACUCGCGGUCUCUCGGCAACCUAAUGGACGUGGAUGUAAUUGCGGGACGAAAUCGGAAAAGCUUCAGCAUCACGAUCACAGUAUCAACGACACCACCCCAAGUGGCCACGUACACGAGAGCCAUCAAGGUGACUGUCGAUGGGCCCAGAGAACCGCGCUCCAAAACGAGUGAGUAG